AUGGGCGCCUGCAGGGUGAUAAGGUGCUCAUGUAGGUGCGGUCCUGACCUGGUGCACGUCCAGGGUGCACGCCCAGAGCUGUGGUCCUGCAGUGCAGGAACAGCUCCUGAGAUGGAGGAGAGCCUAGGGAAUUUUCUUGCAAUUUCUUACGCAGACGGACAGAUCUUCUUGAAUUAUGGAGAUGGACUCUAUUUUCAGAUUUACAAUGUAAAGCCCAAGACUGGUGUGUUGAAUCAUCCUCACAGUCUUGUCAGACAGAAGCGCGAAUGGACAGUCCCUCCUGCUCUCAUACGAGAGGAGGAAGACAACUCUUACAGGAAUCCAAUUGCUAAAAUACAUUCUGAUCUUGAAGAGACCGGGAUAGUGGUAACUUACACUAUAUCCGGUCAAGGAGUAACAGAACCCCCUUAUGGAUUAUUCGUUAUCAAUGGAAAGACUGGAGACCUGAACAUAACAGGAAGGGUUGACAGAGAAAAAACUCCAAUGCUGCUUGUCCGAGGUCACGCUCUGGAUAAAAAUGGAGCAAAACUGGAAGAGCCAAUAGAUCUGCCAAUUAAAAUCAUAGAUAUAAAUGACAACUUCCCAGUUUUUUCACAUGAAGUUUUUGUUGGUUCAGUUGAAGAAUUAAGUCAAGCAGGUACAAUUGUAAUGAGGAUAAAUGCAACAGAUGCAGAUGAACCGAACAAUCUAAAUUCCAAAAUUGCUUUCAGGAUCAUUUCCCAAAAUCCUAGUUCUGCGUUCCGUAUAAAGAAUGAUACUGGCGAGGUUCAAGUAGAAGCAAUAAACCUUGACAGAGAGACACACAGCAGAUAUUCUUUGGUGGUGGAAGCAAAAGACAGAGGUGGUGCUUCAGAUGGGAAUGCCGCGAAGUGCUCUUUAGACAUCAAGAUUUUAGAUGUCAAUGACAAUUUUCCCAUUGUCGAAAGUCGGACACUUGAAGGAAGCAUUGAAGAAAACAAAGCAAAUGUGGAAAUUAUGCGAAUAAAAGUAUCUGAUAGAGAUGAAGAGUUUUCUGAUAACUGGCUGGCAAAAUUUGCGUUUGCUUCUGGUAAUGAAGGUGGCUAUUUUCAUAUAGAAACAGAUGCCAAAACAAAUGAAGGAAUUUUGACUCUUGUGAAGGAACUAAAUUAUGAAGAAAUGCAAACCCUAAACUUGGGCAUUGUUGUCACAAAUAAAGCAGAAUUCCAUGAGUCAAUUAGAAAGAGCUAUAAAGCACAAGCAAUUCCAAUCAAAAUUAAUGUGAUUAAUGUCCAAGAAGGCCCUAAAUUCCCAGGUGGCACAAAAAUCAUUAAAACAAGUGAGACCAUGCGGAAAAACCAGAUUAUUGGACAAUAUCAAGCCAUUGAUGAAGACACUGGAAAAGUGGCAGAGCGUAUUACAUACAUCAAAGGAAGAGAUUUGGCAAAUUGGAUCACAAUAGAUCCAAAUACAGCUGAAAUCAAAAUUACAAAAGACCUCGAUUAUGAAUCAGCGCAUGUAGUAAAUGGUACCUACGCUAUCACCGUGAUGGGCGUAACUAAAGAUUAUCCUAAGAAAACAGUUACCGGCACAGUCCUCCUUCAAAUUGAAGAUGUGAAUGAUAACUGUCCAACUAUUGUGGACCCUGUGCGGACUGUGUGUUCAGAUACAAAAUCAAUUGAUGUUACAGCUGCUGAUCCGGAUAGCUACCCUAAUAGUGCUCCCUUCAGUUUUACUCUUAUUGAGCAAGAAAAGACUGCAAACAAAUGGAUGAUUGGAUCCAGAAAUGACACCAGUAUACAGCUGAUCCCACAAAACCUGAAAACCGGCAAAACUGAAGUUCCAAUCUUAAUACAAGAUCACCAAGGAUUCAGCUGUACGCAGAAACAGUCUCUACAGCUGAGUGUUUGCACAUGUCCACGUGACAGCUCUAUACCUGUAUGUGCCGCCGAGCGUCAGUCAGCAGGUCUGGGACCUGGAGCAAUUGCACUAAUCAUCUUGGCAAUUCUACUUUUGCUGCUUAUUCCACUGUUACUGCUGUUGUGUCCAUGUCGAUCGAGAGUGAAAGGAUUUGCUGCCAUACCGGACGGCAGUGAGGCGAUGUUACGUAACUGGAACAGUGAGGGAGCAGCUCCUGAAGAGAAGUCCAUGCUAAACCUCAUCACACCCACUGUAGCGGGGAAGAUGAGUGCAGCGGCCGGAGCGGCGGGAGCAGCGGCUGGAGCGGCGGCGGCAGCUGCAGCAGCAGGAACAGCAGGAGCAGCAAUGAGCGCAACAGAAGGCAGCAGUUAUGCAUCUCAUGUGAGAGAGCACGGCAACACUGUGAUCAGAACCAGUGAAAGAUGGGAAGAGCAAAGGCCUCUCUUCUCAGAUGCCAGUUAUGGAGCCAUGGCAGCUGGACGGGGUGAAGGUGUGAUAACUGGAGAAGGCAAGACAGUGGUGGCUGGAGGAGGUGCGAUGAUGGGAACUGGAGGAGCCAUGAAUGAAGAAUUCUUAAGAGACUACUUCAGUGAUAAAGUUGUCUCUUUUGUGGAUGAAGAUGAAGCCCAAGCUGCAAAGGAUUGUCUCCUGGUUUAUUCUCAGGGAGAGUCAAGCUCUCCCCAUGGGUCCGUUGGCUGCUGCAGCUUUAUUGAGAGUGAUCUUGAUGACCACUUUCUUGACGAUUUAGGGGAUAAAUUUAAGACUCUAGCGGAAAUAUGCAUGGGUAGGCAUAUAGACAUGAAAGACGCCAGGAAUGAAUCGAGUUUCGGUUCUAAUGACACAAAGUCGGGGUUCCUAGAUCAGCAAAGUACUUUCAUUUCCAAGCAGGCCUUUGCCUCGGGCAGCCGCCCACGGCCAGCCCAGGCAGCAGCCAGGGAGCACAGGGGAGGAGCAGACACUGUGUCUCAGGAGGUAGUCACGGAAACAACCUUUGUGUCGAGAUCUGGCCAGCAUGAAGCCAGGCCUGUUCCUAAACCAUUCUCUGAGAGCAAUGUCACUGUGACAGAAACCUCCUACUCUGCUGCCCCCGCUGCCUCUGUUUUCUUAGAUCCGCAGUUUAAGGAGAAUGUAGUGGUGACAGAGAGAGUGUUUGCACCUGCUUCAACCUUGCAGGACAUGGUAGAAGUCCCCAGUUUGCCAAAUGGAAGUAAUGUGGUGGUCACAGAAAGGACGAUUAAGGCAGAGGGUGCCAGGCCAGGGAUCUUAACAGCUCCAGAUCUCCCAGAUUCACAGUAUGUCCUUGUGAGAGAGCGAGAGCGGGUGCUUGUGCCCACUUCUGAUCAGGGCUCGCUCAGCUUGCCCAGUUUGUCUGAAGGGCAGAGCAUGGUGGUGACCGAGCGGGUGGUCACACCAGCCCAGCUCCCAGGGAUGCAGAGCAGAAGUGAGCUGGCAGCAGAUGCUGGACCUGGCAAGCAGGAGCACGUAUUAAUCACAGACUCCCUGCUCAGUCAGCCAAGUCUGGCCUCAGAGGGGGUUCUCCCAUCUGGGUCCACCCUGAGCAAGUCUUCACGAGUCACAAAAUACAGCACUGUACAGUAUACUCGCUCAUAAUUGGGG